AUGUCGAUAACUGAUCAAGAACCCGCAGCAGCCAUGCUCAUUCCUCCAGGGCAUGAACUUGAUUACAUAAGAGCAUGGGACUAUCCAGAAGGUGUCUCGCCCAUUUCGAUAAUGCCCGCGAGCCACACAGCAAGCGAUACCUACAGCAUGCCUGCCUCAGGUCCAGUCGAAAACUUCACGGAGGACAGGUCAAACUUCAUUGGUCCACCGACAGCGCAAGCCUCCAACUGCGAUUUGAUAGACCAAGGCCAUACCACCGAGAAGGAGGCUCUUCCCGUGACCAUUAACUGGAAAGCACCGGCAUGGAUGGGCACUGCAUUCAUCCUCGGCGCCGCCUUCAGCAUAGCACAUCACGUAUUUUACAAAAGCUUGGACAACACGCUGGUAACAUCGCAGGCACACCAAGAGUUUGCCAUCCGUAUCGGCACCGGCUUAACGUUUCUCACAAAAUCUUUUUUCACGGCAGCUGUGGGAGCCGCGUUCGUCCAGUACUUUUGGGUGACGGUCAAGAAGAAGCAUAUUAGCGUGAGCGGACUCGACGAGAUCCUUUCUUUGACUACCGAUCCUACGUCAUUUUGCAGUAUCGAGGUCCUUUUACAUGCGAAAAUCCUGGCGCUGUUGGCGGCGAUCAUGUGGUUGAUUCCACUCGUCACUACCUUGACUCCGGGAACGCUAUCUGUCCAGCCUGUUUCUAUCACCAAUAUAACCUCUGCAGAGGUGCCUUAUAUUGACUUUUCUUCCGAAAAUCCCACCAACAAUUCGGUGUUAUUAGGCACAUGGGAAGGCGCUGCGAAUCUUAUGGGGGCCAGUCCAUCACUGAGACGUUUGCUAUCUGCCACUGCAGCAUCGGCCUCCAUUGCAUCAAUGACUGCUCCAUCUCCGAACUCUUCCUACACCUUAGACUUUUACGGUCCAACUCUAAAGUGCGAAAACGUGAGUACGACUGGUUAUGACAAGAACGAUAUAAGUGACUAUGGCCCGUUAAAAGAUGUUUUUGUCGCCAAGCUAUUCAACACGACGCCCCCUUCUGUUUAUUACAGGGCUGUUGCUCCAUACGACAUGUGCGGUUAUAUUCUUGUUAGAGCCGGGGUACCCGAAAAGCGCACAAACUUCACCUUCGAUCUGGCCUUCUCCGACGGUGUUCAAUCCACUGUUUUCCGACAAGUAGAUUUGAUAUCACCGACAAACUACACCAACGCGGACUUCUCUUCGAAACGAGCUCCAGGAACCCUGGAAUACCAAACAAUGUUUCUCGCACUCGCCGAUAUCCUCGUUGGAGACAUCGGGGAGGCUGUCUCUAGUCACUACGGCGAGGACGAGAAGUUCUUUCUCACCGGCUUGCCAGGGUGCCGAGAGUUCUAUACGCCCCCGAGGGCUGGCUACCAGACCGGCUAUGAGGGCCUAUUUGACCCGUUCCCAGCCUGGAUGUGCCGCAACAGGUCGCUGGCCACAGCCAUCGAAGAUCUGACACGCAACUUCACGCUGAGUCUAUUCGCGACCGCCACGAACAAAACUACCACUGUCCCCGUCAAUGCCACCUUCCUCGUCAACCAUUACGCGUACAAUGCCAUCCCGCUCCUUGCAUCGUACGGUACCGUUCUAUUCGUCACACUCGCUUCAAUCGCUGUCGGCUUUGCCGCCAUCUGGACAAAUGGAUACGCCGCUAGCACGUCGUUCUCCUCUAUCGUGCUCGCUUCGCGCAAUAAGGACUUGGAUCAUUUGGCUCAGGGACGGAGUUUGGGCGCGCGCCCGCUUGCGAAGGAUAUCGCGAAGACUAAGCUGAGGUAUGGACUUUUGCAAUCUAAGCGGGGGGUUACUCAGCCGGCUUUUGGGCUGGGAGAUAGUGUGGCGCCACUGAAGAAGGGAAUGGUUGGGGCUUUUUGA